AUGACGGCCAAGGAGUUGGACACCUUGUUGUCAUUGGCCCUGCGCUCCUCUACCAUCGAGUGGGCGGUGAAUGUACAGAUUUGCGACAUGGUCAAGGAGAACCAGUACUUGGCGCCCCUGACCAUGGACCGCAUCAACGAGCGUUUGCGCAGCGAGUCGGCCCGCUCGGUGCAGUUGGCGCUGAGCCUCUUGGAGAUGUUGGUGAAGAACUGCGGCUUGGUGGUGUGCAGAGCCAUCGAUGCAGGAGUGGCCGAAACACUCGUAGGGAUCGUGAAGAAGAAGGAAAGCUGGAGGUAUGGCUUUGGGCGGAACCUGCACAAGUCAGGGCUGUCGGACUGGCUCCCACAAGGAGUUGCCAUCGGUGAGGAGAAGCGCGAACUCUGGCGACAGGCCUCGCACAAGGUUCUCGAGAUCAUGCAGCUAUGUGUGGACGCUUUCCUCAUGCAUGAGGGCUCCUUGCGGCCGAUCUUCGGGGCGUACAAACAGCUCCGGCAAGAGGGCUACGACUUUCCUCGUUCCUCCACAGGGGUCGCAGCGGACCUGUGUUUGGUCAAUGGAGCCGAAGACAGUCCCGCCUACCUGGCGGGUGCUGUGGACCGCCCUUCCGCGCCCCGAUCCGCGCCCCCGCCGAAAGCGCCGGCGCCGGCGCCGAGAUCUGCGGACGCGGAGGAGGAGAGGGGAUUGUGGAAGUGGCCCGGGAAGACGCCAAAGAGCGUGUGGAGCAACUGGUGCAGGCACUGGAAGAGGGCCGGGACUUUGAUCCCUUGGAGUUGGAGGAGCUCAUCACCCUGGUGGAGGACAUCUCGGAGGUGCUCCGGUCCAUGGGAGUGGAGACCGAUGCGCCCGAGCCACGGAACAGCUCAACAGAGGUGCCGCACUCCGGCGUGCACGACGUGGCACAUGUCAGCGGCUCAAAUGGACAGGAGUUGCUCAUCACAGGCCGGAGGGCCUCGGCGACGUCGACCAUGGAGCCCAAGCACCUGA